AAAAAUUACAAUUAAAAAUAAUUAAAAAUACAUCUAAUGAUAUUCAAAUUACAUUUAAUGGAAAAAGACUAUCAUCAAAAAUGAAAUCUAAGAGCGAAAAUAAGGACAAUGAACUUAGCAGAUCAAUCAAAAUGAAUCCAGCUGUUACACGAAUGCAAACUGUAACCAUCCAAAAUUCCAACUUUCCUAAAGGUCAAGAUCUACAAAUAAGCAAGGUUGAUGCACAAUCAAAAAUAACACACGAAGUACCUCAGGUACAUCAGGCACAAUCAAAAAUAACACACGAAGUACCUCAGGUCAAUAUACAACCGGAUACCUCCAAGAAUAAUAUUGAUAUUAAUCGUAAUAUUAGUAAGAACGGUGAUAAUGUUGUAGUACCCAAAGAGUCAUCGAAAAUGUACAAACAAAGGAGUGACCUAAUAGUUUUUUCAGAACAAAUCAGAUUUGAUUACAAACAACUUGGGCUAAUGUUCGCGUCUAUGCUAUUGGCAUAUCAAGCUGGAAAAUUCAGUGGAUAUUGA